CUCUCUCUCUCUCCUCUCCUCUCCAGAUUCACUCAAAACACAAAAUCCAUAACCAAAAGUCGCUUUCUUCCCAUGUGACUUCUGAUUGACUUUUCUUCUUCUUCUUCUUCUUCUUCUUGGCUGGUGAAUUAGGGUUCGCUUUGUUUUUUUUUUCUAAACGGUUUCUCGCAGACAGGAGAGAGAGAGAGAGUCAGGGAGGCAGAGACCCAUUUUCGGGGUUCACUUUUUUAUCUCUCUCUAAGUUUUUGCUUAUUUUUCCAGGUUCAAUCCGGCAACCGACCCAAGGGGUCCGAAGAGGAGCGUGAGUGAAAAGGAUGAUGAUGUUCAACGAGAUGGGUAUGUGCGGCAACGCGGAUUUCGUCUCCUCGGUGUCUCUCGGGGGAAUAGAUGUCUGCGCUGCUCCGCAAGAAGAAGUCGAGCUGGUUGUUGUGGAGGAUGACUAUACCGACGAAGAAGAGAUCGAUGUGGACGAGCUGGAGAGGAGGGUGUGGAGGGACAAACUCCGCCUUAAACGUCUCAAGGAGCAGAGCAAGAGCAGGGAAGGAGUCGAUUCCGCCAAGCAAAGGCUGUCGCAAGAGCAAGCGAGGAGGAAGAAGAUGUCGAGGGCCCAAGACGGGAUCUUGAAGUAUAUGCUGAAGAUGAUGGAAGUGUGUAAAGCUCAAGGUUUUGUUUACGGGAUCAUCCCCGAGAACGGAAAACCCGUGACAGGUGCUUCUGAUAACCUCAGGGAGUGGUGGAAGGAUAAGGUGAGGUUUGACCGGAAUGGUCCAGCUGCUAUAGCAAAGUACCAAGCCGAGAAUAAUAUCCCCGGGGGGAGUGAUGAGGUUAAGAAUCCAAUCGGGCCGACACCGCACACUCUGCAAGAACUUCAAGAUACAACCCUUGGUUCGCUCUUAUCAGCUUUGAUGCAACACUGUGAUCCUCCACAGAGGCGGUUUCCUCUAGAGAAGGGAGUUCCUCCGCCAUGGUGGCCAACGGGCAAGGAGGAGUGGUGGCCACAACUCGGUUUGCCAAAAGAUCAAGGCCCUCCACCGUACAAGAAACCUCACGAUUUGAAAAAGGCGUGGAAAGUCGGUGUAUUGACUGCAGUUAUCAAGCAUAUGUUUCCAGACAUUGCUAAAAUCCGUAAGCUCGUGAGGCAAUCCAAAUGCUUGCAGGAUAAGAUGACCGCCAAAGAGAGUGCUACUUGGCUGGCCAUCAUUAACCAAGAAGAGUCCCUGGCGCGAGACCUUUAUCCCGAGUCCUGUCCUCAUCUCUCAUCCUCUGGAGGAAGCGGGUCUCUUCUCAUUAACGACUGCAGCGAGUUUGAUGUCGAAGGUGUCGACAAGGAGCCCAGUUAUGAAGUGGAAGAUUGCAAACCCGAGAAAGUGAUCGAUCCUCGAAACUUCGGGAUGCCUAAAAUGCAUAUGAUCCAACCGCAUUUCCCUGUAAAGGGAGAAGAAGCCACUGGAGGAAACUUAGAAUUCAUGAAAAAGAGGAAACUGAACUCGAUGCUGGACAGAAGAAUCUUCAACUGCGAGAACCGUCAGUGUCCUCACAGCCAAAUGAAUAUGGCUUUCCAUGACAGAACUUCCAGGGACAACCACCAACUGGUGUGUCCAUUCCGAGACAGUUCCAUAUCAUAUGGAGCAUCCGAGUUUCAUGUCAGUGAAGUGAAGCCGGUUGUUAUACCGCAACACUUUACUCACCCGAGGCCUGCAGCCCCUGCCAUGAACCCUGUCCAGCCGUUCGACCUGUCGGGCUUUGGAGUUCCCGAAGAUGGGCAGAAGAUGAUCACCGAGCUCAUGUCCAUGUACGACCGAAAUUUCCAGGGCAACCAAGCUACAUCAAUGGUGGAAAAUCAGAGCUUAAAUCUUCAGCCAAAAGCCCGGAAUGAUGAACUGCAACAACACUUCAACCACAGCGAGGGAAGCUCGAUCGAGGGAAACUUCCUCGAAGAUUUGCCCAUCAAGAACAUGUUCUCGCAGGGGAAUAACGGGAUCCAGUUUCCGAACCCCCAAUCCGACUCUGCCCACAACAACAGCAACAAUGGUGGGUUUCAGAUAGUGUUCGAUUCUACGCCAUUUGAUCUGGCUUCAUUCGACUACCGAGACGAUCUGCAAGCUGUGGGAAUGGAUGGUACGCCCGAGCAGCAGCAGCAAGAUGUGUCUAUAUGGUUUUGAAGUAUAUUAAUAUGUAUGUAGUUUCAUCCGUAUACUCUUCUGGUUUCCUUGCAUGUUCAUGUGAUGUUAUAGCAUUCUAGUUGUUGUUGUCAUAAGGUCUUUGUAGUGACUCUGAAUCAAACAGUGUCUUACUGAAUUGGGAAUUAUAUUCGUUAUAAGUUUU